CGCAAAAACCUAUCGGAAUCGGAGACGUUCCAUAGCGUUUUCUCAGUUAUCAGUAGUCUAAAUCAUUAAAUUUCCUUUAAUUUCCUUGUGAUAUGUUGUGAAUUUGUUUCAACAAGGUGCCAUCAUGGGCCGAAGAAGUGAAGAAAGAGAGGAACGUGAAAGAGAUCGCUUGCGGAAAGAACGUGAACGAGAGAAAGAUAGGGAUAAGUAUCGAGGCAGGGAACGCGAAAAAGAUCUUUACCGUGACAGAGAAAGGGAAAAAGACAGGGACAGAGAACGAGAAAGGGAAAGAGAUCGUGAUAGAGAUCAUGACAGAGAAAGAGAUAGAGAAAGAGAUUAUGGUAGGGACAGAGAGAGGGAGAGAGAUCGUGACAGAGACCGUGAACACAGGAAAAGACCUCGUAGCUCCAGUAAGGAGCGACAGAUAAAAGAUUCUAUAAAAAGUGAAGGGUCAGAUAAAGGAGCAACUAAGAAAGAAAUUAAAGAAGAAGAGGAAGAUAAUGGAUCAGAAGCUAAGCCGAAGAAAGAACCUCUCUCUUUGGAGGAGCUUCUCGCAAAGAAAAAAGCCGAGGAGGAAGCUCGCAGCAAACCAAAAUUUUUAACUAAAGAAGAGCGCGCAAAAGAAGCUAUGAGAAAACGAGAGCAGGAAGUUGAAGAAAUGCGUAAACGAAUGGAAGAAGAAAGGAAGAAACGUUUGCAAUUCACACGAGAAGCUCAUACCAGUGAAACAAGACGAGACGACACAAGGAGGCAGAGAGAAAAUGUAGAAGACAAGGAGGUCUCUAAAGAUAAAGAAAGAGAAAGUGAGGCAAUCAAAGAACGUUACCUUGGCCUUGUGAAGAAGAAGCGACGAGUCCGGAGACUGAAUGAUCGGAAGUUUGUUUUUGAUUGGGAUGCAAACGAAGAUACUUCAAUUGACUACAACAAUUUGUACAAAGAGCGGCACCAGGUUCAAUUUUAUGGACGCGGUAAUAUAGCAGGCAUAGACAUAAAAGCACAGAAACGAGAUCAGUCAAAAUUUUAUGGUGACUUGUUGGAAAGGAGGAGAACAGAAGCAGAAAAAGAGCAAGAAAAAGUUCGUCUAAAAAAAGUCAAGCGCAAAGAAGACAAGCAGAAAUGGGACGACAGACACUGGACAGAGAAAGCACAAACUGAAAUGACAGAAAGAGAUUGGCGUAUCUUUCGAGAGGACUACAAUAUCACCAUCAAAGGUGGUAAAAUUCCAGAUCCGAUUCGAAGUUGGAAGGAAUCUGGCAUUCCGUCUGAACUCUUGGAUAUUAUUAAUACAAUCGGUUACAAAGAACCCACUCCAAUCCAGAGACAAGCCAUUCCUAUUGGUUUACAGAACCGAGAUAUCAUUGGUGUGGCAGAAACUGGGUCAGGUAAAACUUUGGCCUUCUUGAUUCCUCUGCUAAUGUGGAUUCAGUCUUUGCCAAAAAUAGAAAGACUGGAAGACGCUGAUCAGGGUCCUUAUUCCAUCAUUUUAGCACCUACCCGAGAGUUGGCACAGCAGAUUGAAGAAGAAACCAAUAAAUUUGGCAAGCCCCUCGGUAUAAGGACUGUUGUCGUCGUUGGUGGUCUUUCUCGUGAAGAACAAGGUUUUAGACUGCGUCUAGGUUGUGAAAUUGUCAUAGCUACUCCUGGACGGUUGAUCGAUGUCCUAGAAAAUCGUUAUUUAGUUUUAAAUCAGUGUACCUAUAUUGUAUUAGACGAAGCUGACAGAAUGAUAGAUAUGGGUUUUGAGCCAGAUGUUCAAAAAAUUCUUGAAUACAUGCCCGUCACAAAUUUGAAACCAGAUAAUGAAGAUGCCGAAGAUGAAUCUAAACUUUUAGCCAAUUAUUUCUCAAAGAAAAAAUAUCGACAGACUGUGAUGUUUACUGCAACUAUGCCUCCUGCUGUAGAACGCUUGGCAAGAACAUACCUCCGACGCCCUGCAGUUGUAUACAUUGGUUCCAUUGGUAAACCAACGGAGAGAACAGAACAAAUUGUAUACUUAGUCACCGAAAGUGACAAGCGUAAAAAACUAAUGGAGAUCCUUCAAAGAGGUGUUGAGCCUCCUGUCAUUAUUUUCGUCAACCAGAAGAAAGGAGCUGAUGUCCUUGCUAAGGGUCUGGAAAAGCUUGGAUUCAAUGCCUGUACACUCCACGGAGGUAAAGGUCAAGAACAGAGAGAGCAUGCUCUCAGCUCUUUGAAGACGGGUGCUAAGGAUAUUCUGGUGGCAACUGAUGUUGCUGGACGUGGUAUUGAUAUCAAAGAUGUGUCAAUGGUUAUCAAUUACGACAUGGCCAAGUCAAUCGAAGAUUACACCCAUCGUAUUGGGCGUACAGGGCGUGCUGGCAAAACUGGUGUAGCCGUUUCAUUCCUCACAAAAGACGACUCAGCUCUGUUCUACGAUCUAAAGCAAGUCAUCGUAGCUAGUCCAGUCUCACAAUGUCCGCCAGAGUUGCUGAAUCAUCCUGAUGCUCAACACAAACCAGGAACUGUUUUAGUUCCCAAAAAGCGGCGGGAGGAGAAAAUUUUUGCUUAAUCUCCUCGAAAUCAGCCCUCCCCCCUUAAAAUCAUUGUAAAUAAGGGUAGCUGUACUGUUUAUGGAAAUGAAAAAAAAUAAAAUUAAAUCUCAUUAAGAAAGUUAGGUAUCUUCUGCCGAGUAAUGUAAAUUUCUAUCACUUAUAAAUAAAACUUCUAAUUUAA